AUGUCGUCCGCUGCAACCUACACAACCUUUCACGAGGGAAUCCACUCUCCGGAUGUGAAAGCCUCGACCAAGAUACUCAGUCCAACAACCAACCUUGCUCCAAAGACCUUACCGUACUGGCUUGUCAAUGUUCCCCGCUCGCAAUGGACAGCAGAAUGUCCCAGCUAUCUACGCGACACGUCGCAGAAAAACAUCGAGGUGCUUUCGACCCCUGACGAGCAGUAUCGGAGACAGGGGUGGGAACUAGUCAAGGAGAUCGUUCGGUCCAACCAGAUCGAUCGGUUUCAGCGUCUUCCUAGCGAUUUGAGGAGGUAUCUUGAGUACAAGGAGCAGAUUGUCGCGGAGUAUGGAUCGGUCAUGCGGUUUGUCGUGAAGGAACGGCUUCGCUGGGGAGAAGGGACGGCAGAUGAUCUGAAGCCUAAGGGGCGGCCGUUUGAAUAUGAUGAGGAUAUUCGCAUUCUUUACAAUGACUGGCCGUAUGGAGUCGAGGAAGGCAUUGUUCACUUGGUGGUGUGGACAAAGUUCGAGCUGGAGGAUGAUCCGGUCACGGAUGACCUGACGCCACGCGCACGACAGGAGAUUGAGGAGUAUGUGCAACGAACGUUUCUCUCACGGAUGCCAGCCGAUCAGGUCAUCUGGUUCAAGAACUGGAAGUCAUUAAAGUCAGUGCAUGCCGUGGAGCACUUCCAUGUCAUGCUGCACCAUCCCGAUGCGGAAUUCCUACGGGAGAUCACAGGAGGGGAUGCUCCGCUGAAACGACAGUCGGCAUGA